UUCCUAAAUUCAAAACACUUGGAGAAAUGGAAGAUUUUAGUAAAAUGAAUCUACCAUUUGGCACGCAAUCCCCGGACUUUGAUGUGCUUAUAGUGGGUGCAGGGCUGUCUGGCUUGACAUCGGCCGUGAAAAUUCUGUCCAAAGAGCAAUCGCUGAACAUUAUAAUCCUUGACGAGAACAGUGUACCUGGCGGUCUGUUGAGCGUGGAUGGUUCCCGCUUUGUAAAUACCGAGCAGCAGCGAUUGAUAACCUUCUUGAAUCUAUUUCAUGUGGCACCACAUCAGCGACUAUCGAAUAUCUCGAGACUUAAGCGCUGCUGGGACUUGGAUCGAGGACUGACUUCGGUUCCGGCAAAGAUCGAGCUGACACGCUACAUAGAUAUGUUGGAUCUACGCAUGAAGAAGUUCCAGUCAGCGCGCUAUAAAUUACGCAAGCGCGCUUCGACCAUGGAGCACCACAUUUGUGGCAGCUUGUUCUUUAACAAGUCCCGCCGCUUCAUGUUGAAUGUGGUGGAGCUAGUGUGCGGAGUGGAUGCCAGCGAGGUCAACUACGAUGAGUUUAUGUGCGUGUGCAGUUCCUGCGGCGGCCUGCGUAUGAUAAUUGAUCUAUACAUCAACUUUCCGGGCAAUAUGUUUGAGAUCUCUAGCAAGAAGCUCGUGAGUGCAAUACUCGAAAAGUUGAAAAACAUUGGAAUUUAUACCAAUCGUAAGGUAACUGACGUAGAGCACUUCAAGAAUUAUGUGCUGGUCACGGACUCCUCUGGUAAUCGCUACACGGCUGAAGCCGUCAUUAUGGCCAUCCCCUGGAACAACGUGGAACAGAUCAACUUUAUGCCGGCCAUGCCCGAAAGAUUUCGCGCGGAGCCUCGAGUGGCAGUCAAGUCCAAGCGCGUGAUCACACAAUUCAGUGUCAGCUACAGCAAGUCUUUUUGGGACUUGCUAGGCUACUCGGGGCACUUUUUGUGUAGCUCCCCUUUUAUUGUGGGCCACGAGAACCGGCCCGCCACCUUCUCUGGAUACAUGUUGCACGCACCGGCGCAGGAUGGGGAUGUGCGGCGCGUUGUACUCCAACAACUGGCGAAGCAUUUCGGUAAGGAAAUGCUGGAACCUAUCGACUAUAAUGAGAACAGCUUUGGCCUGAGUGUUACGCUCCACAAGCCCCAGAUAAGGCCCUGGAAUCGCAUCAUUUGGUCAUCCUCGUCUGCAGUGGGAACCUAUUAUCGUAAUCUAAUGGGAGGCGCUGUGGACAGCGGCUUGCGAGCGGCCGUCAAUGCACUAUUUGUUGUGCGGCCGCAAGUAGUGGGCUGGAAGGAUCUGCUUGAUAUGCAGGAGAAGGAUCUGUACAAAAGUGAGACGCCGAGUCGCGUGAAAGGACUGCUCAGUCGUCUAAACCUCUACAAUGUAACCUUCUAUAGCGUAUUUGUACUGGGACUGAUUUUUCUACUUAAUCUGGGCUACCAGCGAAGCUCCUAGCCUUUGGUGCCAUAUGGUAGGCUUUUGUGCAAAUUAAAGUACAUAUCUACAGUUAUAA